AUCUCUGCCGGAGCCGCGACCAUGGCGAAACGAACAAAGAAAGUUGGGAUUGUGGGCAAGUACGGCACUCGGUAUGGAGCGUCGCUCCGUAAAAUGGUGAAGAAGAUCGAGAUCAGUCAGCACGCCAAAUAUACCUGCUCCUUCUGUGGGAAGACUAAGAUGAAGAGGAGAGCUGUUGGCAUUUGGCAUUGUGGAUCGUGCAUGAAGACUGUGGCUGGAGGAGCCUGGGCCUACAACACCACCUCGGCUGUGACAGUGAAGUCUGCCAUCCGUCGCCUCCGGGAAUUAAAGGAUCAGUGAACAUCGACUGGGAAUAUCUUGUGUAUGUCAUCAAAGCUGUUAAUUAAAGUGUAACAAAACCACUACCAAAAAAAA